GCUAGCUUCUGGCCUGUGUGCCUCUCUGAGCUGUUAGCCUGCUGUCCGUCACCAUCACCAGCAUCAGUUGCAAUUUGACCAAAUAAUUUUAACCUUAGGGAGCAGCUCUGUAUUAAACAUGGCCUACAAAUUAGUGCUGAUUCGUCAUGGAGAAAGCAACUGGAACCAGGAGAAUCGUUUCUGCGGCUGGUUCGACGCUGACUUGAGUGAAACAGGAGAGAAGGAGGCAAAGAGAGGAGGACAGGCUCUGAAAGAUGCUGGUUUUGAGUUCGACUUGUGUUACACCUCAGUGUUGAAGCGGGCCAUCAGGACCUUGUGGUUCGUCUUGGACAGCAUCGAUCAGAUGUGGGUUCCAGUCCAUCGGACCUGGCGGCUCAAUGAACGCCACUAUGGAGGCCUGACGGGACUGAACAAAGCCGAGACGGCUGCUAAACACGGAGAGGCCCAAGUGAAGAUCUGGAGGCGCUCAUUUGAUAUCCCUCCUCCUCCCAUGGGCCCAGACCAUGACUACUACACUAUCAUCAGCAAGGAUCGUCGCUAUGCAGAUCUGACAGAGGAGCAGCUGCCAUCGUGUGAGAGCCUUAAGGACACCAUUGCACGUGCGCUGCCUUUCUGGAAUGAGGAGAUUGCCCCUCAGAUCAAACAGGGGAAAAGGGUGCUCAUUGCUGCCCAUGGAAACAGUUUGAGGGGCAUUGUGAAGCACCUGGAAGGAAUGUCAGAUGAAGCCAUCAUGGAACUGAACCUGCCAACUGGAAUCCCCAUCCUCUACGAGCUCGACAAGAACCUGAAACCAGUGAAGCCUAUGCAGUUCCUGGGAGACGAGGAGACUGUACGCAAAGCCAUGGAGGCUGUCGCUGCUCAGGGAAAAGCCAAAAAGUAACAAGAAAGGGGAAAAAUUGAUCAAUUUAAAAAUCAGAGUAGCCUAUUUAGUAUGUGAUGGUAUAAGUCAUUCCUGGAAGCUGACCUCGCAUUAGUGUGUUUCUCAAAUGCUAAUUUAUUUUUAAACAUGAACUAAAAGCUAUAGAUUGUUGUCCUUGCUUGGUACAGGCAGAGUCAUAGAAACAGAUGGAUGUUGUUCAGUGAAAUAGUAGCCACAGCUCCAAUUAUUUGGAAAAAUUGUCAUCAGAGGCAAAUAUAGAUUCAAAAUUUGUAGUAGAUUUAAUUGACUUAAGAAGAUGGACAUUUAUCCUUAAGCUAUAAACUAACGUUAACCACGAUAAAAAAGGUCAAACUCAACACCCAAUAUUUGAUUCUCCAUACAUUUUCAAUAAUGUGGGGA